GCAAGCAACAUGCGGCAACACCUGCUGGCUCAGUUGAGUCUCUUGGCAACACUUUGCCUCUUAGCAGCAAUCGAAGCCAGCGCCAGCUUGCAUGACUAUUACUAUGGCAAUGCCAGCAUGAGAACGCUGCGUUUUCAAGACUUUGAACCGCGACAGGAGCAGCAGCACUCAGAACGUGAAUCGCGUGGCUUUCAUUUUACACCCAGCGGGGAUGAUGUCAGCGUGGAAAUGGAGUUCAUAGUGCCGUUCGUGCGUGUGCCCGUCAAGCGUAGCAUGCGCCUGGCUCGAGAUGCGCUGCGUAGCUUGAUGAAUCUGCAAACCGAAGCGCUGGUCAAUACGGCGGUCAUAGUAGCUGCUGGUGCUAUCAUCGCAGGCAUAGUGCGUUUAGUAUUGGCGCCCAUAGUGUUUAGUUCCAUGGCCAAUGCCUAUGGCCAAGGAUAUUACAAAUCGCAGCGACUGGAUGAAGGCGACAACAACAACAGCAGCAGCAACAGUCGCAGCAUGCGCAGCUUAACGCAAACACUCGCCAGCCAAUUGGAUGCACAGCGUCUUGAUGUCUCCAGCUGUGCACAGCGCUCCAUCUGUCAAUAUCUGCAAAACAAUCGUCGCGGCAGUCCCGCCAAGCUUAUACAGCUCAUAGCCAACUCACGUUGGUUGGACACUUAUCUCAAUGGCACCGCCGUCUUCAACGCCAUUGAUAAGGCUCGUGGCAGUCACACUUGUGCGCAGAUUUAUCGCAGCUGCUCCUGGCAAGGUUCCUGGCAAAAGGCGUUCAACUAUGUUCAAGCGCUGCUGGCUGGAGCAGCUAGUGAGGAAGAGCAGCAGCAGCCGAAAAGCGAACAUGGCGGCGUACGUCUAAUAUCCUUUGAUGCAGUGGAUCGAGAUAUAGCGCUGGGACUGAACUACUUGCUGCCCUUUGUGGAAGUGCCUACCAAACGCAAGCGCAGCGGCGCGCCCAAGCCACUGCUUAUAGUAAACUCCGCGGCCAUUGUAAGCGGUGGACUGGUGGUAGCUGGUGGUGUGCUCGUGGGUCAUCUGCUGCGUAGCAUGGGUCUGGAGACCAUCGUGCCGGAUAAUACGCCGGAUCAUAGGAAGCGUCGCCUAGACACUGAUGAGCAAAGCUUGCUGCAGCUAUUCGAGCACUUCAAGCUGGUUUAUCGCAAUGACAGCGGUGCAAGAGUGGAAACUAGCCUGCCCAGUCUGGUGGACACCAUAGAGCGCACUUUCCUGGAGAACGAUAUCAAUUUACCUGUUUGCCUGCUCAAGGCCAUCUGCAGUGUUACACAGCAGGCGAGCGAGAGUGCGCGCAGUGGAGCUGCUACAGAUUUGCAACUGCUGCUGGAUAGUCUAACCAAUUGGUCUUGGCUGCUCAGCUGGCUGGAGCAGACGGCACUGCAUGAGGCCAUUGCAGCAGGUCGUGUGCCAGGUGUAAAUCAGUGUGGUGUCAAGUAUCCGCGUUGCAAGUGGGUAGCACCAGAGCAGCAGCUGUUGCAGCUAUUAAACAAUAAUGUGCAGUUUACUUAA